CGGAGACUUGCUUCCUGCUGAAACGCAAUUCUCAAUCACAAACGGAAAAAAUAUCGACAUUCAUGGUUCCGCUCUAGAAAAAUGACUAUUCACACGUAACCGCCAAAUGAGCAAGUAUUUUCUGGGCGAUCGCGAGAAGAUAUCAGUGCCUGAAACCCACAGGAACGUCAAGAGUAUCGCUGGGUGAUCGGCUACUUCUCGUAGCGCCGAAGCUGUAAACAAUGCCACAUUUCUUGUGGCUGGAGCCGCUGUCAGCAGCACAACUCAAGCGGCUAGAGGAGCAUAAAUAUAGCGCUUCGGGUCGAUCCCUUUUCGAACCUCCUUGUCAGAUAUAUUGGAAUUGGCUGGUCCAACAAAUUCCAACUUGGGUAGCGCCUAAUACUCUGACUAUAAUUGGACUGGUAAUAAAUAUAGUCACAACUGUAGUGUUGGUGUUUUACUGUCCAACGGCGACAGAGGAGGCUCCAGCAUGGGCCUUCAUCCUGAGUGCGUUGGGCCUGUUCAUCUAUCAGUCGCUGGAUGCCAUCGAUGGGAAGCAGGCCCGGAGGACAAACAGCAGCUCUGCGCUGGGGGAGCUCUUUGACCACGGCUGUGAUGCUGUCUCCACAGUGUUUGUUUCUGUGGGCACAUGUAUAUCCUGUGGGGUAGGAAGCUACCCUGAUUGGAUGUUCUUCUGUGGCUUUGUGGGGAUGUUCAUGUUCUUCUGUGCACACUGGCAAACCUAUGUUUCCGGAACGCUGCGCUUUGGCCUGGUUGAUGUGACAGAGGUCCAGAUUGCCAUCGUUGUCAUGUAUGUGAUGUCAGCUUUUGGUGGAGUGGCCCUUUGGGACUACAGGUUGCCCGUCCUUGGGGUGAAGCUGUACGCCUUCCCCAUCUUGGGCAUCAUUGGGGGAGCCGUGUUCUCCUGCUAUAACUACUUCCACGUUAUCCUCAACGGGGGCGUCGGCAAGAACGGCUCCACUGUGGCUGACACCAGUGUGCUGGCACCAGGUAUGCACAUCGGCCUCAUCCUCACACUGGCCUUCAUCAUCUUCAAGAAGUCAUCCAACAAGCUUUUUGAACUGCACCCCUGUCUCUACAUCCUAACUUUCGGCAUGGUCGUCGCCAAGAUCGCCAACAAGCUAGUUGUGGCCCACAUGACUAAGAGUGAGCUUUAUCUCCCAGACACGGCUUUCAUCGGGCCUGGCCUCCUCUUCCUCAACCAGUACUUCAACAGCUUCAUCGACGAGCACAUAGUCCUCUGGAUCGCAAUGGUCCUGUCGUUGAUUGACUUGACGCGCUACUGCACAGGCGUGUGCAUCCAGAUCGCCUCACACCUGCGCAUUCACGUGUUCAGCAUCACGGCGCACGCCGCCCCCAAACACGACUGACGUUUUGCCCGGAGGAAGGAGGCGGGGGAGGCGGAGGACGCCGCCCCACUCUUGAAAGCAGACGAGGUCCCCUCCACCCAAACCUCAGCAGCCUUGACACAGUGACCACCUCUGACUAAAGGUUGUCUGUAAUAACGCUAGAGUAAUGACAGGAAUGACAUAACCACCCGAUUUAGAGCCAUCGUCAAGGGUAACACACUGGUCUGUAUCUCACUGGACGAGUGCAGUGUAGCUGGCAUGGAAAUAAGUUGCUUGGUUUUUCUUUGUCUCCAUAUAGGAAGUAAUGAGACUCAGAUUUGAUAAAUGUCAUCAGACAGGUUUUAACAUCCAAAGCGCACCAUUUGCCAUUAUUUCCAUCUCAUUCAAAUCAUACACUAUGGGUAAAUACAUUUUUUUGGCAAAGAUCAAAAUGUUUCUCAGUGAUCAGAUAAAGUUGCUUUGUAUUAUUUCCCCCCUUGAAUUUGGUUCCUCAAUUGUUUUGACAAUUGACCUAUAUUCCAUGCUGUAAAUUUAGAGGCUACAGUACCAGACUCAUGUCUUCACAGCCUCUUCUUAAAAACAAUAUGAUAACUCAACCCAAUGAACAUGUUUGAUCAUUGCCCAAAUUGAUAUUGUUGCUCUUGAAGUCAUUCAUUAGUCAUGUUUAUUUAUUUAGACCCAAUCUGACAUGAAAUUAACCCAAUCAGGGCUAGGAAAUACAAAAUAAAUCAACCUUUCAACCUCAUAACUUCUAAAAUGAAGUUUGUAAAGUAGAAUGAGACAUUCCUAAUGAGGUAUGGUAAGCUAAUUGUCAAGGACUGCAGGUUAAGGGUCUGGAUUAACGCUGAAAACAGUGACAUUUCUUCAAGGGCUUCCAUCUGACUGUGAAUCCCCCUCCAGUGUAUCCAACACCCUCCGUAACCUCAACUCUAGUUGAUGUCCUUGUAGUCAUGUUGGUGAUGCGUUCACACAAGUCCUGUCUGCUUUCAACGUUCUUCUCCCUAAAGGGCUAAUUCUUUAAAUCCUUUUAAUUUUAAAAAUAUCUGAAGCAUUUUAAGAACAAGUACUAAAAUGUUUGUCUUUUCUGAAUCAUUAUGAAACCAGUAUUUAUGGUUGAGGUAUCGAACAAUGUAACAACUGAGAAAAUGUUUUACUGGAAGCCAUCUUUUUUUUUAUCACACAUUUUGAAUAUGUAUAGGUGAAUGAAUGCAUUUGGUACAUUAAACUUAAUGAUUUGUGAUUGUUGAAUGGUAUGAUGCUGAAUUGUCAUUGCUCAACAACUUUAGGAUAGACAAAGGGAUGCAACGGUACUGGGAUCGAUGUGGAUGUUUCACCCCUGUGGGCAUGUUAAUGGAACAAAGAGAUAAGGAAAUCAAGAACCCCUACUCUAGGAAUAUGACCAUACCAUAAAGAAAGUGUCCCUAAAAGGACAUUUUGACUUUGAUAUAUUGGUGGGUAGAAUUCCAAUGAGAGCCUUCAGAUUGUGACAUUUCAAUGACUGUCUGGAAAUGUUAGCCACCUGUUUUUGUUCAAUCAGGGUUUGAACUCAAGGUGAACUUUGAAACUAUGCAUUGAAAAGGCCACAUGCUCAAUUUUAACAUGGUAUUGUACUGUUCAAUACCUUUAUACUAACACGUUUAAAAUUAUUGUAAUAAAGAAAUAUUUUCCAUUCAA